AUGCCUCUAGAGGCAGUGAUGAUCGUGGUGGACAACAGCGAGAGCAGCAGAAACGGCGAUUAUACACCGACCCGCUACGAGGCGCAGAGCGAUGCUGUUAAUAUCAUCUUUCAAAAUGUCGUGCAGGGCAACGCCGAGUCGUCUGUCGGUUUGAUGAGCAUGGGCGGCAAGGGCCCUGAAGUGCUGGCGACCCUAACAACCGACCAGGGCAAGAUCCUUGAUGGCUUGCAUCAGACCAAGAAGAAGAUCCGGGGCUCCGCUCAUCUCGCAACCGGCAUCCAAAUAGCUAGCCUCGCGCUCAAACACCGCCAGAACAAGGCCCAGAAGCAGCGCAUCAUCGUGUUCGUCUGCUCACCUAUCAAUGAAUCCGAGCGCGAACUCGUCGUGCUCGCGAAGAAGCUGAAGAAGUUGUCAAUUGGUGUCGACUUUGUGCUAUUCGGAGAUAUGGACGAGGAGAACCAAGCAAAGUUGGAGGCGUUCAGCCGUGAGAUCAAGGGCACAACCGACUCGUCGCAUCUGGUUGUUAUCCCGCCCAGCUCGAAGCUGCUCAGCGAUCAGCUCAUUGCGACACCGAUCCUGCUCGGCGAGGGCGUUGCCGGCGGUGCGGGAAGCAUGGGUGGCGAAACCGCCAGCUCGAGUGAGGACUUCCCGUUCGGUGUCGACCCGACCCAGGACCCCGAGCUAGCUCUGGCUCUGCGCAUGAGUAUGGAGGAGGAGAAGGCGCGGCAAGAGAAGCGGGCGCGCGAGGAAGCCGAGGCGGCCAAAAAGACCAACUUAGAGAGUGUGAAGGAGGAGGGAGAGUCUGCGCCGCUGCUGGAUAAGGACGGGCAGCCGAGCGGCAGCAAGAAGGAUGACGACAAGGGAGGCAAACCGGACGACGCCGACAAGAUGGAUACUUCCUGA